GAUAAGACUCCAACACUUCUCAAACAGGGAGAGUAGAUAGCUGAUGGAGAUGCUUUAAUUUCCUCCUCUCUUCCUCCUCUUCCUCCUCCGGCUCCCCCCAUUCUAGGAUUUCGGACAAGCAGGUGGUGGGAGAGUGCGCCUUAAAAACCUCACGCUUUGGGUGUGUCCGUGGCAUCCCAGUGUGAGUGUUCCUGCACCCGCACACACUCACCACCAUGAAUGAGAUGGACAGACAUAUUCAACAGACCAAUGACAGACUACAGUGCAUAAAAACGCACCUUGCCAAUCCAGCAGGCUUUCAGAACGCUGCUCGCGAACUUCUAGAGUGGUGCUCUGAUGCACGUGCAUUCCAACGAGCAUUUGAACAAGGCCUUAUGGGCUGCUUGACGGUUGUUAGCAGAGUUGCGGCACAGCCAGGUUAUGACCUUGACCUUGGCUACAGGUUAUUGGCAGUAUGUGCUGCCCACAGGGACAAGUUUUCACCAAAGUCUGCAGCUAUGCUAGCAGUAUGGUGUGAAGACUUGGGAAGAUUACUACUGCUACGACAUCAAAAGAAUCGACCAACAGAUAGUCCAAAGACGCCAAAUAUGAUGCCACAGAAUAACUUACCUCCUUUGGGGAAAAGUGACGCCCUCUCGUGGCAGCAGGCCCCAGGUGGACCAACACCACAAUCUCUCUCCGUCGUCACAACAGUCUGGGGGGUCUCCCAAACCACCCCCAGCGCCCCUCUCUCACACCAAGCCCCCCAGGGCUACACGAGUGCCGCCAUGACGGGCACUACCUACUCCCAGCAGGGUUACAUGGGCCAGCAGGGACCGCCACCACAUAUGCAGAAACCCACAUAUAACAACCACCCGGGCCCACCACCCCCUAACAUGGGGUACAGGAGACAGGAUUCUGUGGGGUACAACCAGGCAGGCAAUGGCUACCCUCCCACGCCCAGCACUCCCGGCCAGACCAAUAACCAGCAGGCAAGUGAAUUCCAACCACCGCCAGGUGCUCUGUCUGCCGCCGCUCUGGUUGCUGCUGCUGCCACGGCAACAGCAACAGCAACAGCCACUGCCAGUAUGGCGGUCCUUCAGGAACAGCAGCAGCAACUGAAUCCCCAGCAGAUGAACAUGAAUAUGAACAUGAACAUGAAUAUGAACAUGAACAAUCCCAAUAGUCAGUAUGGUCCUCAGGGCCAACAGUAUAAUAAUCAGUAUGGGAGUGCGAUGCCCACCCGUCCCCCAGGGUCUCUAGGCAUGGGCCAGGGCAUGGGUCCCUCAGGGAUGCCCACAAAACCUGGGGUCCCUGGGAUGUACUCCCAGCGCCGCCCCGCACCAUAUCCCAACCCGCAGUAUUACCACCAACAGAAACAGCAGCGGCCGCCUUUCAACAAUGGCCAACAGCCUCCCUACAGUCCUCAACCCUAUGGUCCCAGUCAACCGUUUGGUCCCAAGCCAGGGGGAUACCCCCCAUCACAACCCCAACCACAGCCCCUUCCAUCCCCAGGGUAUGUCCAGACACCUCAGGGGAUGAGACCCCAGGCCCCACCCUAUGGCAAUGGUGGGGGUCAGCCUGGGGGGUAUAACCCCAUGCACCAAGGGGGCCAGCACUACGUGCCCCGCCCCCAAGGGGCUGGAAUGCCCAACUUUAACAGUCAACCACCAUACCAGAACAACAUGAACUACCAACACUCUCCCAUUCCUGGCAACCCUACACCCCCUAUGACCCCGGGGACCAACAUGCCGCCCUAUAUGUCCCCUGGGGCCGACAUUAAACCCAACAUGGCAGACAUCAAACCACCAAUAGCUAAGAAAGAAAACACAGACCAUGAACUACGCCUCACAUUUCCCGUCCGAGAUGGUGUGGUCUUACCGCCAUUUCGCCUAGAGCACAAUCUUGCUGUCAGCAAUCAUGAAUUCCAUUUACGGGAGUCAGUUUAUCAGACACUCAUGUGGAGGUCGGACUUGGAGCUCCAGCUGAAAUGUUUCCACCAUGAAGACAGGCAGAUGAACACCAACUGGCCAGCCUCGGUGACUGUCAGUGUCAACGCUAACCCUCUGAACAUCGAGAGAGGAGAGAACAAGACCUCCCACAAACCUCUGUACCUCAAGGAUGUCUGUUUACCAGGCAGGAACACCAUACAAAUCACCGUCACCGCGUGUUGUUGUUCACAUCUCUUUGUACUACAGCUUGUCCACAGGCCCAGUGUGAGGUCAGUGUUACACGGGUUACUACGGAAACGGUUGCUACCAGCUGAACAUUGCAUAACAAAAAUCAAAAGAAACUUCAACAGUGUGGCAGCUAACAAUGCCCCGCUGAGCGGCAGCACGGAGGACGGGGUGGAGCAGACGGCCAUCAAAGUCUCACUCAAAUGUCCCAUCACCUUCCGACGCAUCACCUUGCCUGCACGUGGUCACGACUGCAAGCACAUUCAGUGUUUCGACUUAGAAUCCUACCUCCAGUUAAAUUGUGAGCGUGGGGCUUGGAGGUGUCCUGUGUGCAACAAAAACGCCCUGUUAGAGGGUCUUGAGAUAGACCAGUAUGUGUGGGGCAUCCUGACCAAUUUGUCCAAUACCGACUUUGAAGAAGUGACCAUUGACCCCACGGCAAGCUGGAAACCUGUCCCUCUCAAGCCAGCGAUAAAAGGAGAGGAAAGUGAACCCUGUAAUGGCCGCUGGGUGAAGGCCAUGUCUCCCUCCAGUAUGCAAAUGCCCAAUAUGAAUGCCUAUGACCUGGGCCCUCAGCCAUCACCGUAUAAUUCCUCUAUGAUCAUGUCCCAAGGUGCCUCUCUCCCUCCAUACAGCGGUAGUUACAACAGUCCACCAGGGGGAGACAGUCUACCAGGCAACAAUGGGACGGAGUUCGCAGGACCUCUCUCACACUUGAGUGACAAUGGGGACAUGGUGUCGAUAGACAAACAGUUGAAUCAUCACGCCAUGACACCCAAUAAUCAAAUGAACUUUGGCAGUCCUCAGCCACGCACGCCGCACACGCCCUUGCAACCCCACACUCCCAUCCACCACCCGGCCAUGACGAGCCCGCAGAGCACGAGUAACGACACUAGCGGCGGAGGAGGAAUGCACCCAGCUAUGGCGGCAGGAUCGCUACACUCCAAUCAGCUCCAUCCAAACAAUGGAAACAGUAGUAAUAAUGACUCAACCAACCCAAUCAGUAACUCAGAUCUGCCUUUUGAUCCAUCAGAAAUCAUUGAUGGAGAGGGGAAAGGACAGGAGAGUUUAGACUUAUUACCAGAGCACAUAGAGGAUCCCCUGGAGCUGUUAUCUUACCUGGGGCCCCCAGACUCAUCCAACAACUCCAGUGGAAACACCAACACAGAUGAUCUCCUGUCUCUGUUUGACAGCUAGUUUUCACAGAAGCCCACUCACAAAGCUGAGUGAAUAGACUGGCAGACUGGAAUUGCUACUACUACUUCUACUAUUUCUAUCUCAGUGAUCCCAAGGCAGCAGACUCGGAGACAAAGAAAUAUGCCUGUGGUUUGGACUCCUUCAUAUAAUUUUUUUUUUCAAAUCGGGAGCGACACAGGCAUAUUGGGGCAUGGUUUGUCUAGUACGCCAUCUAGUGGCAGAACAUUAUGGGAUGGUCAUGGAAGCCACUGCCAUGGCAUCAGACAUUGGUCCACCUCUGGUGACGAAGAUGUCCAUGAAAUAGUGGCAAAUCGAAGAGUAUGGUCAUCGAGUUGUAUUCCAUUUUAUUUAUGGUCAUCUCUAAGGACAGAGUGGCUGAAAAAGUAGUGACCAAUAAAGAGGGGAUUGGUCACUUCAUAUUUGGAGGGGCUGAUAAGUUGAGCCAAGCAGAUGUUGAAGGAGGUCUCUAUUGUAUCAUAAAAGGCAAUUUGAAUAUUCUUCUAUUGCAAUAUUCUGAGUUGUGAGAGAGAGAGGACUUCAGAGAGAAUUGUGACAUAUUAUGAAAAAAAACGAGUUCUAUUUAUUGUUCAUGGUCAGUGUUUAAAGCUGACAAAAUGUAUUAUAUUGUUUAUGUAUAGAUUUAUGUUUUAGGCCUAGCCUAGAAGAGCCUCUGCUCACAUGCUGGCAGUUAGUGCUAUUUAAGGGUCUUCCCUGUUUAGUAUUUAAGAGAACUGGGACUUAAUUCCCAGUAAUUCCCAAAUACUUGGAACUGUUUUGAUUUUAAAGUGCAUGUUAUUAUUUACAUUUUAUGUGCUGUCUAGAGGACACACGCUCCUCUAAGGUUCAAUUUGCAAACUUGUCUAUAUGCAAUGGUUUUAAGAAUCUUGUGUCUGAAUUGUUUUUUCCUUUAUAUGCAGAUCAUCUUUCUUUGUUUUAGAAUAUUGCUUUUAGAAAUAUUGACUAUAUAAAUCAGUUUGAAGAAUGCUUUCAAAAAGGGCAUAUGCAGUGAAAGCAUCAUUUUCGGCAAAUUCUGUUAAUUGUUAUUGUUCAGGACAGUGAGAAACUAUUUUGUAUAAUUUGGUGCUGAAAGGGAUGAAAUUGUUCUUCAUCUCUUAGUAUGAAUUUACAGAAACUAUCUUUCUAACUACAAUUUUUUAAUAUCUAAAAGAAAGAGGGGUAUGCAAUUGUAUAGAAUUUGCCCUUCUACGGCACUAUUUAUGAACAAAAUAACUCCUACUCUCUCUCUCUCUCUCUCUCUCUCUCUCUCUCUCUCUCUCUCUCAUACAUCAAAAUAAAAAACAAAAAUGAACAACUGAAACUAUGGUCAUGUAGAAAGGCAGUGUUUGAACAUAGCAUAUCUUAGGCCAAUAUAUGUUUUUGGCUAAUGCUGCGAACUCUAUAUAUGUGUACAUUGUACAGUCCUUCCCCCUUCAGUGGAAAACGGACCCUGAGAGGCACUGCAUGUGCCAAUCAGAGACAAGCUAUAGUGCACUUUCUUUAUCUUGCCACCUAUGGCAUUUUGUAAGAUAGAAUUAUUAUGAUUAUUACAAUUAUCAUUAUUAAUACAAUUCAAUUUUAGUACAUUUGUAUAGUAUUUUGUGUUGUUGGUUGUCGAUAUUGAAAAAAAAAUAGUAUUUUAGAGACAAUGUCCAAGUAUUCGUAUACGUGUAAUUUGUCGUUUUAAAUUAUUAGUGACAUAUUAAAUAUCUAUUCUUUGUAAAUAAAUUAUUCUUAAAUGAUCACAUUUCAUAGUCCCCUAUCCCAUUGAGUUGUAGGAUUGAUUUUUUGAUCUUACACCAAGAUAAUUUUACUUAAUUCGUCAGACAUGAAGGAUACCACUAGUUUGUGACCAAGUUUUCUUUUAAGUUCUUCAUUCAGAUUUAAGAUGAAGACCUAUUAUUUUGUACAUUUUGCUUAUCAUAAUUUAUUUGGUAUGCUUGUGGAGAAAAGUGUCAUGUAACUGAUGCAUAGCCUUGCCGAAGCAAAAACCAGAUAUGGGCAAGAAUGUCCCAUGUGCCAGAUAUUUCCUUUAUUGGAACAACUUGAGAAAACCAUAUUUAAUUACAUAUUACGUUUGAAUGCCCAUUUUGAACACACUGGCACUAGAUUUUAUUAAUUUAUUUUUAUAUCAAGACAUGCAUCAACCACCUUAGAUUAAUAAGCUCUCUCUUAGUGUAUGUGGCACUCCGCUGAGUGGGACGGCAUUUUGGUUAUAAGUAUGCGGGACCACCAGAAAGAAUAGUGAGGAAAUUUAGACAUUUCUAAACAUCCUCACGAAUUAAAAGUUUAUAUUUGCCCAUUCUGCAAGAGUGCCACAGAACUAAUUUGGAGCCUCAAAAGAGUAACUCUGUUUGUGCCAGUCUUUUCACACCUUUGUUGUUUUUUUUUUAAAUCCACCAGGUAAAGUCCAUGAUAAUUUUUGUAUUUAUACAAAUGAAGUUGAUCUAUAGUUGUGAGUUUUGGUACAAGUACCCAGGAACCAGGGCAGUUUUUUUUUUUUUUUUUUUCAUUAGCUUGCAUGUCACCAUCGUAUAAACAUUUAGAGAUGUUAUAGAUCUCUUACUGUGAUGGAUGAGUCUGUUCUUGACAAUUAAGACAUGCAACAAGUACAAGAUCACCAGUUUUAUCCCAUAGUAUUGAUUUAUUUCAAACACUUGAUAUUGCACUUAUCAUGGUCUCAUUAUGUCUCUCCUAAGAUGGCACACAGAGAUGAGCCUCAACCAGGCUGUUGCAAGAAGGAAUUCAGAGCAGAAAAAAAAAUGGUUCACAUUUGUAUACGAGAAAGUGGAAGUGUAGGGCAUGGAAAAAGGAAUGUUUAGAAAAAACGGGCAUGUGAACAAAGCAGUCUUAAUCCCAUUAUAGAAAGUGUCACUUUUUCAGUUUGUUUUAUGGCCUCCAAGUUUUGGGAUAUUAUAAUUGUAAGGUAUGGCUAUUAUAUGGUUUAUUGGGCAUCAUUCUGAUUUUUGAGAAAUACUGAAACUUCAACCUUCAGGCUCUGUGCAAUGUAUUGCUUUCGGUUCUCAUGGCAGUGCAUGAUUGUGAAUAUUACCAAAAGAUCAAACUUAGUCAGCAUUAAUAAUGUGAUCAUCAGUAUUUAUAUAAAUAAAACAGAUUGGCGUCUGAAUGAAACUUG